AUGAAGGACGAAGAAAUCGAAUAUGCAGCGCAAGACUUGAACCAGACAUUGUCGGUGGACGAAUCCAAGUCCAUCAAUAGUGAUGAUGCGUUGCUCUUGAGUAUGGGCAAGAAGCCCGAAUUGAGGCGUGUCUACAAUUUCUGGACGCUGUGUGCGUAUCAGAUCAUGAUCUCAUGCAGCUGGUCAUGCCUAGUGGUCCUGUACUCGACCAUCUUCGAUAUUGGCGGACCAUUUUGCCUACUCUGGGGAACCUUGUUCGUCGCGGUCGGCCAGACAUUGCUCAUGAUGUCCCUUGCCGAGUACUGUAGCAUAUGGCCCACAGCAGGCGGUCAGCAGUACUACACUCAAGCUGUUGCAACGGGCCCGACGAGACCUUUCUUGUCGUAUUUUGUGGGUUGGGCGGUCAUCGUUGGCGAGAUAUCCACGGGCUCCAGCUGUGCGCUCAACAGUGCUGAUAUCAUUGCCUCCUUUGUCGAAGUCACUCAUCCAGACUUUGCUUGGCAUCCGUGGCAUACAUGGCUCAUUUAUAGCGCCUUUCUCAUCGGCCCUAUCGCCAUCAAUCUGAAACAGAGGUGGCUACCAGCAAUGAACUUGUUCGGCGCUUUCUGGACCAUUGCUGGCGGUGUAGCUUGGGCAGUUGUCUUCGGUAUCAUGGCCAAACCGAAGCAUGACGCCAACUUUAUCUUUACCGAAUUUAUCAACAAUUCCGGGUAUACCAGCAAAGUUUGGGUGUUCGUCAUGUCGUUCUAUUCUCCAAUGUAUGGGUUGUACGGGACCGAUGGGAUGAUGCAUCUGGUCGAAGAGAUGAAGGAUGCGUCCAAGGAGGCCCCACGUGUGAUGGUGUGGGCAAUGAUUUUCUGCAGCAUCACGAGCUGGCUUGCAGCACUUCUCAUGAUGUGGACAGCUGGCAACUGGGAAUCGUACAUGACAGCCUCGCAACCUUACAUGAACUGGUGGAUGGACGUCACUCAUUCUGUCUACGGCGGAGGGAUAUUCUGCGCUUUGAUCAUGAUCGGCUUGAACUUCUUUAUCAUCGUUGGGACCAAUCUUGCAGGCUCGCGUCUCGCAUGGAGCAUGGCUAGGGACAAAGGACUUCCUUUCUCGGAGUACUUCGCCCAUGUUAGCACCAGAUUCCACAUCCCUCUGAGGACAAUGGUUGCUAUUCUGGUUAUUGACCUGAUUAUUGGGUUGAUUGUCCUCGGCAGCGAUCUAGCAUUUGAAUCGAUCAUUUCCGGAGGAGGUGUAACCUUGCAAAUAGGCUAUGUCACGCCCAUCAUUGUGGUCCUCAUCCGUGGACGCAAGAUCCUUCCACCCAGACCAUACUUCGACCUCGGGCGAUGGGGCUAUUUCGUCAACAUUGUCAGUGUAUGCUGGUCGUUAAUCAUCAUCGCCAUGUAUCUGUCCCCACUGUACGUGCCUGUGACAAUUGCCACAAUUGACUAUAUGAAUUGGUCAUGUCUGAUCGUGGGUGCGACUCUCUUGUUUCCCGGGAUUUAUUGGGUUUGGCGAGCCCGGUUUAGAUAUAUCAAGGAGAGCAAUUCUGUCCUGACCGAUAAUGUUGUCUUUAUUGAUGGGGUGGCUGUGGGUGGGAGUGAGGCAUUGAGAGCUGCUGCGUUGGAAAAAUGA